UUCUUCUGACUAUCAUGUAUUUAUCGUAGAUUUAGAUUUUUAUAUAGAGAUUUGUUCUAGAAAUGUCAUGUUGUAAAAUUUAUUACUCAUAUUGAACGAAGGAGGAGGUACUUAUUAUUUGCAUUCUUGGAUAUGAGUAGUAAUGACAAUUAUAUAGUUGAAGGCAUUGGAAACGAAGUCCUGUGGUCUGUAUCUGGUAUCAUUGGAGUUACUUUAGGAUCUUAUUUAGUUUAUCAAAGAUUUCAGAAUGGGAGAGUAACUAAUAGGCAAAUUGAUAGAAUGGUAAUCAAUCCUGAACAACACCUGUCUCGCAUGAGAGAGCGCUUAAUUAGGCAGAUUGAUCCUAAUGCAGUAGCUACAACAGAUCGUACUGGACCAGACCUCCAGUGUCCUGUUUGUCUCAAUGAGCUUCGAUAUCCUGUUGAAACCAAUUGCGGUCAUCUAUUCUGCGCACAAUGUUUAAUCACAUAUUGGAGGCAUGGAAAUUGGAUGGGUGCCAUACGCUGUCCAGUUUGCCGCCAGACGGUUAUAGUUCUAUUACAGUGCUUCAGGGAAACUCCUGAAUCAGAAUCUGAUGAGCGAAAUCAGAUAUUAUAUGACAUAAAUGAUUAUAAUCGACAUUUUUCUGGGGAACCCAGACCUUGGCUGGACUAUUUGUGGGAUCUACCUACACUUUUGCGCCAUGCUAGUUCGGAGUUUUUCUCAGUAGGAGGUUUAAUGUACAUGUUCCGGCUACGUAUAUUUUUGUGUUUUGUGGCAGCAAUUAUGUAUCUUAUUUCUCCUCUUGAUAUCAUACCCGAGGCAGUAUUUGGCAUUUUAGGUCUACUGGAUGACAUGUUUGUUGUUUUGUUACUUGCAAUUUAUGUAACGGUGAUUUAUAGACGAUUUUUAGCGACUCGGUGGCAGGAUCAGUAACAAAUUAUUUAAGGAUUAACCAUGUGAUAUAUGCAAAUCCUGAAUUUCAGCUAAUAUAUUCUAUAAAGUGCUUAGACUCGUAUUUUAAAUCUUUUUUGAAGACAGAAUUAUUAUAUGAGUGAGCACUGCUUAUUUAUAGAAUUGUUAUGUGAGUCAAUAUUACUUAUUUAUCCUGUAAUAUUUUCAGCUUGUUGUGAUAAUCUUACAUAGACUGACAGUAUUUCAAAUUAGCAAAUGUUUAGUAUUCCAUUCUGUGGAGUACCUGGCAAUUGCUAAUUUAAAAUAUUAAAUGUCAUUGCUAUUAUUAAGUCAUGUCUAGUAAAAAUGCAGAAAUGGAUGCUUUAUUUGAUUUUUUUUAUUCCUUAUUUGAAAUAAUUGCUUUCAGUUUAUGGAAUAUUUUUGUUAAGUUUCUUGGUUAAGAAACUUACUUUCUAAUUAAUAUUACUGUAAUUUUAUGUGAUAUAUAUAUGUAUAAUGAAUAAUAUUAUUUGAAUUUAGCAUAUCAUAAUUAUUGAGCCAAAACAAUGAAUGUGCAAUAACUUUUUGUAUUAAAGCAUUUUGUUGAUAAAUUUUUCUUAUGUGGGCAAAAAAGAAGUCAAAAUAUUCAAUAAAUUUGGGCGACACAUUUGUGCCUUAACAGAUUUUUAAAAAUAAAUACAGAAAAAGUACAUGUGAGAUGAAUUUUUAAUUCUAAUUUUUAAACAUUUUUUUACAUAUAAUUCUUACUUAGACUAAUGUUCAAAUUUGCAUUAUUUCAAAUUGGGGAGGGGAACCCUUUACUGAUUAAAUUCAAGAAUAAAUGAUCUCACAUUGGUAACACUUCUUGAAGAAACAAAUAUGGAACAUUUCUUAUACGGUGUGGGUGAGAUAUGUUACCUGCCAAGAAUAUUGGCUGAGUGCUAGCAAUGAGGUAACUGAUUCUAUAUACAAAGUUGUUUUCCAUAAUAUUACAACAUAUCCAGUGACUUGUUUAUUACCUUUUCGGAACAUCCCAGUCCAUACUAUUUUGUUUUCACAGAAUUUACAAAGAAUAGGACAAAGGCAUGCCAUUGCCACAAUGAAUGUACUAAGUUCCCCCCCCCCCCUCUGAGUGGCACUGACAGCCUUUAGAUAUUUUGUCAUUUGGUUCAUAUUAUGUUAGCAUUUAAAAUAUUUUGUUCUCUUAUUACUUUAGUGAUCUAAAUUUUGUUUUAAUGAAUGAAAGUUUAUGAAAACAGAUACUAAACAAUUAAUUUUACAAAUUUAUCUGCUAAAUACUAUUUAAAUAUAGUUCUUCAGAAGCAGAUUCAAAAAGCUUUGUCACUGAAGGUUAAUGCAAUGGAUAUGGAGUGUUAUGAUAUUUAGUUUUCAAUAUUAUACCAUUUUCCUUUAGGGUUUUUUGUUUUAUUUUUUAAAAUUUGUAUGUUCAACAGUUGUGUACAUAUAAGUGUUUUAUUUUCAUCUAUUCAUUCCACAAGUUAAAAAAAAAAAAGUUUUUUUCUCAUAACCCUAAUCUUUUUUUUUUUUUUUUUGUCCCCUCUUCCAUUUAGAAUAUGCAGCCAGCUGGUCAGAAAUAAGUUUACAAAUUUGAGAUUUCCAUUAAGUUAUUAAGGCAUUACUUUCUUUUGUGUAAAGACUGUUUAAUUUUUAAUUAAGGAAGUUUUGAAAGAUAUUCAGACUCGCUAGUUAUUGUUGUAAUUUGGGAUAUUUGGUUUCUUUUUGUCUUGAAGAGUUUGGAAGAAGCUACUGUUGUUGACUGAUGCUCAGUUGCCUGACCUAUAGUCAGCCCAAGUCCACAAAAUUCCUUGUGGCAAGGAGCGUGAGAUAUGCCUGUCAUUGUCAACAGCCUUGGGCACCAUACCGCUAUUUAGCUCUAUCCUGCCCCCAGUUUUGAUGGAAAGCACCCUGGGGGGGGCACAGGUCCGAAGGUCUCCCACUCCUCUUCCCCUACCACUAACCUCUCGACUUUCGGCUCACUGCAUAUUUAGAGUGUCCCCAUGCCGCACACACUGUAUACAUUUACAAACAUCCAUACCUUCUCGGGGAUUUGAACCCAGCUCUCUGUGUUUACUUUUAAUUUUCAGAAUUUUAUGAUUAUAGUAAAAAUAAUUUAUUCUUUAAUGCUGUUUUUAAUCCAAAAAUCUCAUAAGAAAAAUUUGAGGGGGCAUAUUAGAGUUAUACAUGCAUAUAUAUUGCAAAUCCUAUUAAAUUCAGCACAUCUUUGGAAUUCUUCCUUUGAUGGUCAUGCAUAUUUCAUGGAAAAAAAAAAAAAAGUCUUCCUUUCAUAACAGUUUAUAUUUUAAUCCAUCUGAAAGUAUUUAGUUAAAUUUAUUUUUUGUAAACCUCUCUUUACACAAUCAUCAUUUAGUUGUUUGCAUCCAUAUGUGACCUACCAGAGGCCAAAUGGAUAUAAACACUGAGUCAACACUGGAUUCAGAUUACAGUAAUGGGCUGACUGCAUGCAUGUUUUCUCAUCUCAUGUAUAAUGUGAAUGUGAGAUAGUUCCCUUAGAAGGUUCUCCAUGAAGACAUCCCUCUCCAUUGGUAAAUAAUUCUGGUGUGCUUUGCCUUAAACAAUCAACCCAACAUAUCCCCCAUAACUUCCUUACUUCUGAUGAUGACCCAGAAAUGGUAUACAUUAUUACAGCAGUUCAACCUGAGUUUUAAUCUUAACGAAUACGGGUUGCAAGGGUAUUUUUGUGUUCCCCCUUCCCAUGCGUAAUUGGAGCUUUUUUUUUUUCUUUUUUCUUUUUUUUUUUUUUUGUUUUGUUUUGGCAUGUUGAAAUCAAAAAUAAAAAAUGAUAUUUACAUCAUCAGGGGUUGGUGCAAUGAAAGAAGCAAAUAAAUAAAAUAGCCUUUUUCUAAACUGACAGGGACACAAAGUAUAAAAUUUAAAAAUAAACUUCGAAAAACAAUCAAAAUAAUCUGCGUGUCUAUGAGUCCAGGCCGAAAUAAGCAGUGCAAAAAUUGUAGCAUGAAAAACAUAGACAGAUUCAAAAAGACUGGAAAUUAAUAAGAAAAUUUUAAAAAGAUUUUUGAAUAGAUCAAGUCUAAAAACAAAACUUGUAAAAAUAAUAAUCCAACACUUGAGAAAACAAAAUCAUUUGAAUUACAUUUGCAAACAAAAUUUGUCAUACAAGUACAGCUCUGCCAGUUCCCAAUUUUGAAGGAGAACACCCUGGAAGGCAGUCACUCUUCAGUGCUACUUUGCAAUGCAGAGCCAUUGUAUAUGUAUAUAAUAUUUUAAGGUGUAGGUGAAGGCAUGAAGAAGACAUUAACAAAACUAAUUUCGGCGAAUCACCAUCUUUAUUUUUACACAUUUCAAAUCAUCUCUUUUGGCAAACAAAUUACUUUUCAAUCAUCAUUGAAUACAAUAAAUUUUUAUAUACACAGAUGAAAAGAUACAACGUCAUUUUAGGCAGGGAAGCAUAGCGGCAUAGCAUUGUUGUCUUGGCAGACGACAGAAAAAAAAGGAACGUAGUUCCUCGCAAGUCCGUAUUUAUACCACGUAGAUGUUCUCUGUAAAGCUAAGCCAUGAAUGGUUAAUUUUAAUUUUAGUUACCUUUUUUGAGCAGUGUUAUGUAAUUUGGAAAGAUCUCAACUUUUGGAGAAAGGGUGAACUCGGGGGGGGGGGGGGGGGAGCACCAAAUCUAAAAUGGUUAAUUUUGAGGUUGCCAAUUAUUGUUAAAGCAGUAUCAUAUUUUGUUAUAUCUUACAUGUAUGUGUGUGUAUACAUAUACAUGCGUUCAUGUGUGUAUAUAUAUAUACAUACAUUGUGAAUAAAUGCAAAUGAAGUUCAUAAACCAAUAUCUGAUUUUUCACUGUAAGUUACAGUAACUUAAUGUAACAAAUUGAAAAAAUUGAAAAUAUUAAUCCAAUACAUAUUCAACCUAGAACAAGGAGCUGGCAAAUAUAAAAGUUUUUUGCAAAUGCAAUAAACCACUAUGAAUAAAAAGUGUCCAGCAUUUGAAUCAAAUGUACAAAUGAAAAAAAAAAAAAAAGUUAAAAAAAAAAGAGUGCAGAAAAUAGAAUCACAAAAGUAGUAAAAAUAAUACAGAAUUUGCAUCUCUUAGCGCAUCAUCAUCGGGUAAGGGGGGUAGUUUAACAAGAAAAGCAAAUGGAACAUUGUUCUUCUGAACUGAUUAUGACUCAAAUUUACAAAAUUAAAAAUUUCAAUAAAUUUCAUAUUGGUUUAUGAACUUAUUUAAAUUUUAUUUAUUAUUAUAUAUGCAUACAUAUACAAAAUAUGCAAGUCACAGAAAACAUUAAAUUUUUACUAAAGUACACUAACUGUUCUUAAAUAGGAAAACUUUUUUUUAAAUAGAAAAGUCAAUCUUCUAAUGCAUCAGUUAACAAAUUCUAUGUUUUUAAAAGCAUGCACAAUGGUGGUUUGUCUUGGCACACAGGAUAAUAAUAAUAUUUUUGCUUCACUGUUUAUUUUAUACACAACUUCAGUAGGGCUUUGUGGGGUUUGGGGGGGGAAGUAGAUGGUAUACUUUCCCCAUAUCUUCUUGAUAUUGUGUGAUGUAGGAUCUUUCAUUCUCUUAAAAAGAUUAGUUUAUCAUUAAAAUUUUGUGCAGAUAUUUGAAUUGACUAUGUUAUAAAAUUUAUAUGCAUUUUGUGUGCGUAUGUCAAAACUGCAUUUUGCCAGUUUAGAUGGCUGUUCACUACUAUUCAUGUGGAAUUCUAGAUUGAUACAAGAUUACUUAUGUUUUAUAUGAAAGAGAUUAAAUCUGACAACUCAGCUACAGAACAACUUGUCUUUUAGAAGUUGAUGCAUGUGGUACAAACAAGUUGAUGUAUGUGGUUGCUUGAGGAAAGUGGCUACAGAUGUGUAUUGCAUUUGCCUCAAAACAUUUCAGAAGAAAUUGCGUUAUGACUGCUAAAAAAAAUGAAUACCUCGGAUAAUAUGAUUUUGCCUUUCAACUUGACAUAAAUUAUCAGAAAGCAACUUAGAAAUGUUUUUAGGUGAAAACUAUAAAAAUUGCAGAUAGUUAAUGAUCUGCACAAGAAUUUUGAUUUGUAUACAAAAUAUACAGUAUUAACUUUUUUUUUGAGAAAAUUUCAAUAUUAAUCUUUCUGUGUAUCAUAUUGCCUCCUUUUUAUCAAUAAUAAUCACAAUAGCUCCCUUGUUUAAAUUACUAAAAUAUCAUAUAGUAAACAUAUGCUUUUAAACUAUGAUUUGGGAGGAGGGGAUCUUGUAAAAUUUUAUUUUGAAAACAGUAUUUGUGCUUGUCUAAAACACAACAGAGGAAAUGCCUACUUACUUAGAAAACAUAUGUCAUUAGUAUGCAUUCAGAUCUGUCAGAAGAGAUUCAAAAUUACAAGGGAAAAAAGUUGUUUCUUUUAUGGAACGUAUUUAUAACUCAUUGAAUCAUGAUUUAUUAUUGUUCACCAGUGGGCGAUGAGCAAGACUAUUAACAUUGGUAGUUUGACCUUGUAUCAAAUACCUUCAAAUGAAGUAGCUGCAUGGUUUGUCUUCCUUUCCCUGCACCCCACUUUUAAUGUAAAUAGACUUUUUCUCAGAAAAAGGACACAUCUUUCCUUCGGCAUAUAGCACUUAUAUCCUUGCUAUAUUUAAUAAAUAAAUGAGUAAGCCUAGGUUUUUACAACAAAAGUAACCCAUAUGUUGUUGCCAAUUAAGCUAACUUAUUUAUAAAUUGAAAUGAGUAUAAAGAAUAUUUCUCUUUGUUGGAUACAUUUCCUAAUCUCUGACAUCAUUAAGUCGUGAUCUCGGAUGUCACAUGCUACUUUUUUUUGAAAAAUUUUUUCUUGCUAUUUCGUCUAAAAAAUUUCUGCCAACACUGUCAUAAUGAAGGAACUUCUAGUAAAUUAAUUUCAUCAGCAGUUUAAUAUAGUCAAACUUUAGUAGUACAGUGCACUCAGGAAUGAUUAAAAAAUUGCAUAUUAAAUUAGAUAAUUUCAGCAGCAAAGUUGGGAAAAGACUGAAAUUGAUAUCUUAUGAUUUUUCUACAUAGAAAUGAAACAUAACCUGUAAAAAGGAAUAUUUUAUUUAUUUAUAUUUUUAAUAUAGCUUCAUAUUAAAAUAACUGUCAGUUUAAAUUUUAUUAUGUAGAUUUUUUUUUUUUUUUUUUUUUUUUUGUUUUUCAACAGUAUGUAAUAAUCCUUAUCUGAUGUUUCAUUCAUAAGAUGGAAUAUAAAUUUUUGAUCUGUACAUAUAGUAUAUUUACUAUACAUAUAACAACUAGCAAUCGUGCAGCUGCACAACAGGUCUUUGGUUCGAUCCCAGGGCUGGGCAAGGUUGACUCGGACUUUCAUUCCUUGAAUGGGUCAAUAAAAUGAGUACCAAGUUCGCUUGGAGGCUAAACACUAGGGGUCCUGCAAGAAACGGACCACUUGCCCAGGUUAUAUGCUGAUGCAUUCCAGGGCCCAAGGUCAAAAAAGCAGAUUUCGUGGCCCUGCAGGCUGUUGCGCCACUGAGUUUAGUUUUUACUAUUCUUAUUUUAUUUUUUUAAUGUGAAUUUUUUCUGCCUUUGUUUCACAGUUAUUAUCCCAUGCAAGUCUCUUGCUUCUAAAAUUUGAACUACUUUCCUGGGUAUUAUUUCUCUUGUAGUCUAUAUAUGUAUAUAUUUAAUUAUAUAUUUAAUAUGUAUAUAUUUAAUUUUCCCAUUUAAUGCAAAGCACGAGAGAAAGAUAAUGCAUUAAAUGCUUUAAAAAUAUUAUAGUUAAUUUUUUAAAGAGAUUCAAAUUCACAAAACCAUAUGAAGGAAAAUCUCUACAAUCAUAUUUAGACUUUAUAAGGUAUUUUCUCCCCUCUUUUCUGCAUGCCUUCAUGGUGCAACUGGAAGCACAUAUGAUGUAUAUUCACAAGGUGUCGAGUUCGAAUCUCGGCGACAAGAGCAUUGCAUAUUUUUCAUGUUGCUGCAUCAAUAUAGCCUAAUGACUCUAUAAGCGAUUCACGAACUAAAAGAUGGUGGAGGAUAAUUUGUUACCACCAGGAUUUGGCAGCUUUCAAAAGGGGAGUAUAUAAGGUAUUUUCUCCCUCCUUACAUGCUUUCGUAGUGUAAUGGAAAGAACAUAUUCGGGGGAUCCAGCGUUUGAAUCCUGGUGAGGGCAUUGCACAUUUUUUACAUUCUUGCAUCGAUAUAACGUAAUGAGUGUACAACUUUGCUAGUUUUCAAAAUUAUGCUUAUUUCUAACUUAACAGUCAAAAGUCGUUAAUUCGGACACCCAUAAUCCGGAAUGAUCUAUAAUCCGGACCUCAAAGCUAAAAAAUUUCUACGCAUGCGCCGCGUUGACACAUG